UCGGGCCAGGGGUUCACGCGCGUUACAAGACGGAGUGCCAAUCGAUCGUCCUUUCGUUUGCAACGAAAUACGUUGAGCAGUCGCGCUUGGCUAUUCGUGUCAGUUGCUGUGAUUGAGGUUUUUUUACAUCUCCAAGCGAUAUUGGAGAUUAUUCAGGGGAGCAAGGAUGGUAAAAAUGGAGCACGAGGACGGUAAAAAUGAACCUGAGCACGUACGCAAGCUCUUCAUCGGUGGUUUAGACUACAGAACCACAGAUGACUCCCUCAAGAAGCACUUUGAGCAGUGGGGGGAGAUCGUCGACGUUGUGGUGAUGAAGGACCCGAAGACAAAGCGCUCCAGGGGCUUCGGUUUUAUCACGUACUCCCGAGCCCACAUGGUGGACGAUGCCCAGAACGCCAGGCCCCACCGUGUGGACGGCAGAGUCGUCGAGCCGAAGAGGGCAGUACCCAGACAGGAGAUCGGCCGACCCGAGGCUGGAGCCACUGUCAAGAAACUCUUCGUGGGAGGCCUCAAGGACGACCACGAGGAGGAGGACUUGAGACAGUACUUCCAGAGCUAUGGCAGCAUCAACUCCAUCUCAAUCGUCACUGAUAAGGAGACUGGCAAGAAACGAGGGUUUGGAUUCGUCGAGUUCGAUGAUUACGAUCCUGUCGACAAAAUUUGCCUGCAGAGGAACCAUCAGAUUCGGGGGAAACAUGUGGACGUUAAAAAGGCGUUGAGCAGGGCAGAGAUGGCAUCAGCCACCGGUGGUGGUGGUGGUGGAGGUGGUGGUGGCGGUGCCGGUAACCGUGGAGGACAGUCUGGGGGUCGGGGUCCACGGGGUAGUAAUCAGGGUGGUAAUCAGGGAGGGAAUUGGGGUGGGAGAGGAGGUGGUGGUGGGGGUGGUGGUGGUGACUGGAAUAACGGUGGUAGUCAGAGUGGUUAUGGAGGUGGUAAUCAAGGUGGGUGGGGUGGAAAUGGACCCUGGGAGAAUCAAAAUCAAGGCAAGUCAUCAGGCGAAAUAGGGGGUGGCUGGGGUGGACAGGGAGGCCAGGGUGGUUACAACUCGGGUGGCAACUGGAGCAAUGACAACUUUGGCAGUGGCUAUCAGCAGGGAUAUGGGGGUGGACCAGUGAGGAACAACUUCAACUCUGGAGGAAGGCCAGCACCCUACGGACCAAUGGGUGGCAACUCUGGAGGCGGCGGUGGUGGUGGCUACGGUGGUGGCAACCAGGGUGGCUACGGAGGUGGUAAUAUGGGCGGUGGAAACAUGGGUGGAGGUGGUGGUGGCGGAAGAAGAUACUAAAACAACCCUAAGAACAUCCAAAAGACUCUCCCUCGUACGGUGAUCCCCUACUACUUGUCUUCUAGUCCGCACAGUAAACAACUGUGCUGUGUUAGUAUGAAGGCGGCAGGCAGGGUGUAGAAAAUGCAGGACAAUGGGCAGGACAAUCAGGAGAUACAGGAGAAAAAAGUAAUGAGACAGUGAAGUAAUGCGCAAACGUGAAAAUUUUCUGUAGAUCGAAGUGAGGGACUAGAUGGAUUUAAGGAUAUGACUUUAAGUACUGUGACUUAGGCUCGAGUUAUUUCACAUGAGGGCACCCCCCAGACUUCAUUCGUUACACUUGAGAGAUAUUUUUAGUUUUAUUUUCACUCACGAAGAGGAUUUUUAUCGGCAAAAUGACAUGCUUCAAAUACAUUUCGUACUUUGCAGUGAGAUCUUGGCUACGAGAACUAAUCCUCACAUCGUAAUUGCACAGUAACUUAUUGAAUUCUACUAAAUUGAAAUGUGCCAACCUAAUUGAAUAUUAUAUCAUUCAAAUUUGUUAAUGUUUAAUUUACUGUACGCACAUGGACAAGUGUGAGUUCUAGAAAAAGAAAAUUCACCGAUUUGGGCACAAUAAAGUUAACAUUUACAGGUUUGAAUCGUGUAGAAUGGGGAGUGCAAUUUCUGUAGACAAGAUCUUGAUUCAAAACAUUUUGUCAAGAUGAUUCAGUGUCUCACCUGUCAGGAGUCCCCUCAUUUCUUCAUACAUUUGACGUUUUGCAUUGAGAUCUUGUCUGCAAAUCUGUAAUCCUCACAUUUUAAUUACACAAUUUAUUUAUUGCAUUCUACUAAACUGGAAUGUGCCAACCCAAUUAAACAUUAUAUAAUUCAAACGUCUCAAUGUUUAAUUUGUUGUGUGCAAAAAUAGAGAGGUGUAACUUGAGCAUUUGGACUUAGCUUUUUUUUUCUUGAAUUGCACUUUUAAUCAUUCACACAAUGAGUUCAACAUGUGGACAUUUGAACUGUAUAAUGUGGAAUUGGAUAUAUUUGUCGUGUAUGAGUGUGUGAGGAUUGCAAUCUCUGCAGGCAAAAUCUCAAUGCAGAACAUUCCAAGAGACUCAAUUGUGUGAAGUCAUUUUGUCGACGUCAAAGCAUGCCCACGAGACAUUCGUUCUGUUCAAUCUAUUGCGAGUCGUUUGCUGCGGAAGAUUCACAGGGUCAAUGUAAGAAUCUGGGUUUUUACCACAAAAAUCAAUUUUUUUUAAACAUGAACAAAAACACUGAUGGUAGAAUUCGUGAGACGAUUCUUAUGUGAAGACCAAAGAGAUGACGAGCCGUUUCAAAGGGGGAGAGUUGAUAUAACAAUCCUAUCUAUUUAAUACCAAGAUUAUUCGGGAAAGGGGAAUGAUAAGUUUUUCCCAAUCAUUGAGAUAAGGAACGAGAUAGAAUAUUUGACAGCAUUUCAUUGUCGUGGAUGUGUUUAGGAUAAUACCCAAUUAAUAUUUAAGUUGUAUAAUGUCUUAAGAGGUAGUUUGAAUAAACGAAGAAAUUUCAACAACAAGUUUAUGACCAGAAUCUUUUUUCACAGAUUUUUUUGAAAGAUUUAUUUCAAUUUUAAGGAGUUUAAUGAUGUUAUGAGCGGCUGUCAAAAUCAUCGGAUUAAUUGUGUAGGUCAUAGGAUUUUCAGUUGGAAUUUCAAGGACAACACGUACUGUAGGAGAUAGUUUUAUUGUCAAGAGGAUGACGAGCUGUAGUUGACGUACACGAAUUAUUGAGGAUUAUCUGUAAUUUCGACGAGUUCUGUGUCGCCUCGAUAGGUCAGUCUUGAUUAUGUGUAAGCACAGUAUUAAAAAUUAAUAAUUUGUACAUAAAAAAAAUCAAAAUGAUGAAAAAAAACGAUAAAACCCUA